ACCAUCCAGCCCACAACGUCAGGAUGUCACUGGUCACAAGUCAAGUGAGGCAGGAGGAAGACAGACUGACGUUCACAGAUCAAAACACAGAGGGUGGCAGCUUUGCGUCUCAGAUAUGGCCGAUUCAUUGGUGGUGUGCGAAGUGGAAGAAAGCCUGAAAGAAAAACUGAAGAAGUUCCGUUUCCGAAAAGAGACAAACAAUGCUGCCAUUCUGAUGAAGAUAGACAUGCAGCAACAACUGGUGGUUCUGGAGGAGGAGUACGAGGAUAUUUCCCUUGACGACCUGAGAGAAGAGCUCCCUGAGCGUCAGCCCAGGUUCAUCGUGUAUAGCUACAAAUACAGCCACGCAGACGGCAGGGUGUCCUUCCCCCUCUGUUUCAUCUUCUCCAGUCCAGUAGGCUGCAAGCCUGAACAGCAGAUGAUGUACGCAGGCAGCAAAAACCGCCUGGUUCAGACUGCUGAGCUCACUAAGGUUUUUGAAACUCGCAAUGCAGACGAUUUGACAGAGGAGUGGCUGAAAGGCAAACUAUCCUUCUUUCGUUGAGAUCAGGCAUUUCUGAAAUGCUGAGCAGGCCAGCCACACACUUGCUUAUGUUGAUUAUUCUGUGAUGAGGACUAUUUUUAGACUGUAAAAGAUCCAAUAACUUUUUCAUUGAAAAUGAAUCAUAGAUAUCCUUCGGGGAGCCGAGCUACCCUGUAUAUUGUCAUACAUACUGUAUAUUGUUAUACAGUCA